AUGUCCAAGUCAUGGGCGUCAACUUUGAGGCUGCCAAAGUCUAGCUUCCCCCCACGACCAGCACCCGACCUCAGGCCACUGUAUCUCCAGCGAUGCACCGACGCGUUCUACCAGUGGCAGGAGGCCAAUCGCCCCGCCGACGACACGUUCAUUCUCCAUGACGGCCCUCCCUAUGCCAAUGGCAGCCUGCACGUCGGCCACGGCCUGAACAAGGUGCUGAAGGACAUGAUCGUCCGAGUCAACGUGCAGCAGGGCCGCCGCGCGAACUACAUCCCCGGAUGGGACUGCCACGGGCUGCCCAUUGAGCUCAAGGCCCUCGGUGCCUCGGGAGGAAAGGACAUGAGCUCCGUCGAGAUCCGCAAGUCGGCGCGCAAGCUCGCCUCUAAGACGGUGGUGGAACAGAUGAAGGCGUUCCGGUCGUACGCGGUCAUGGCCGACUGGGACAAGAGGUGGACCACGAUGGACCUGGCGUACGAGAUGAGGCAGCUGCGGCUCUUCCAGAAGCUGGUGCAGAAGGGUCUGAUCUACCGCAAGUUCAAGCCAGUGUACUGGUCGCCGUCCUCAAGGACGGCAUUGGCAGAGGCGGAGCUGGAAUACAACGAGAACCACAUAUCGACCUCGGCAUACAUUGCCUUUCACAUCACGAGGCCGGAGACGGGACCGCUUGCCGACCUGGGACCGGAAUACGACCUCUCCGCUGUGAUCUGGACGACAACGCCGUGGACACUGCCGGCGAACCGAUCCAUUGCCGUGCACCAGGAGCUCGAGUACAUGGUGGUUGGCGUCGGCUCGAAGGCGUUGAUUGUCGCCAAGUCGUGCCUCGAGACUGUGCAGCAAGUUUGUUUCGAGGACUUGGACGUCAAGAUCCUCAUCGAAUCCAUCCUCGGCAAGGACCUCGUGGGACUCACCUACCGCAAUGUGCUCAGGGGCAGCACCGCGCCCGAACAACCUUUCAUCCAUGCCGACUUCGUGUCUGCCGAGUCUGGUUCAGGCCUGGUUCACUGCGCUCCUGGCCAUGGCUUUGACGAUUACGAGGUCUCUAAGGCAUUUGACAUCCCAGUCGCUGCCCCCGUGGAUAACGAAGGCUGCUUCACUACAGAAGCUUUCCCCAGCAACCCCGACGCUCUGCUCGGCAUUCCAGUCCUGGAAGGCGGCAGUGAUGCUGUUCUGAAGCUCGUCGAAGAUGAUGUGCUCGGCGUACACAAAUACAAGCACAAGUACCCCUACGAUUGGCGCACAAAGAAGCCGAUCAUCAUCCGGGCCACGGCGCAGUGGUUUGCAGAUGUCGCUAGCAUCAAAGAGGACGCCGUAGCUUCCUUGCAGGAUGUGCGAUUCAUCCCGGAAACGGGUAGCAACAGACUGGAGAGCUUUGUCAAGGGACGCAGUGAGUGGUGCAUCUCGAGGCAACGCGCCUGGGGAGUGCCCAUCCCUGCACUCUACGACAGCAAAGGCGAUGCCGUGAUGACAGAGGAGACGGUUGCACAUAUUAUCAAGGUCAUCCAGGAGAAGGGCACGGAUGCCUGGUGGCGCGACGAUGCCGCUUCGCCCGACUGGAUCCCCGCAUCUUUGCGUGGCAAGUGCGAGUACCGAAGAGGCACGGACACCAUGGAUGUCUGGUUCGACAGUGGAAGCAGUUGGACGAUGUUGGACAAGAAGCGAGCAGACGUCUACCUCGAGGGAUCCGACCAGCAUCGUGGGUGGUUCCAGUCCAGUCUGCUCACGAGGGUCGCGUCGCUGGAGGGACAGGAGGGUAUCAAGCCGUCUGACAUGUCCCCCUUCAAAAACCUCAUUACGCAUGGCUUCACUCUCGAUGGCGAAGGAAAGAAGAUGUCCAAAUCGCUCGGCAACAUUCUCUCUCCGGCGCAGGUCAUGGAUGGUACCCUGCUACCUCCCGUGAAGCCAAAGAAGAAGAAGGCCAACUCACCCGUCACCUACGAGGCGCUUGGGCCCGAUGCUCUACGCCUCUGGGUAGCUAGCAGCGACUACAGACGGGACAUAGUCAUCAGCGAGUCGGUGUUGAAGUCGGUCCACGCGGCCUUGAUCAAAUACCGCACGAUCAUCAAGAUGCUGCUAGGGUCGAUGCACCAGUCCGCACGGACAGCGCCGCUGACGGCUAUCGACAACAUCGCCAUCAUCCAGUUGAAGGACACCAUGGCCGAAGUCGGCGCGGCAUACACAAACUAUGAGUUUUACCGGGGCUUCAGCAGCUUGAACCGAUGGAUCACAAACGACCUGUCUGCUUUCUAUCUCGAGGCCCUCAAGGACCGGCUGUACUGCGCAGACGGAGGCAGCGUCCUCGAGCCCAUCUUUAUGGGCUUUAUGAGGAUGCUGGCCCCGAUCACGCCGAUGCUGGUCGAGGAGGCUUGGGAUCAUGCGCCGGCGUGGCUGAAGGAUGACCCUUCUACGAUUCACCCUCUCCACCAGCUCUAUUCAGCGCCUUUGAUCGAGUCUGGUCGCCUAACUUAUGACGAGAGUAAACUUCGAGAGGCCAUCCCGGUUCUCUUGUCUGCCCAUGGUGCCAUCAAGUCCGCAUCCGAGCUCGCACGCUCAGACAAGGCCAUGGGCUCGUCGUUGCAGUGCUCAGUGGUGCUGGAAGUGCCGACGGAGCAUGCCGAGCUGCUGGCCCGGCAUGCAGAUGAGUUGGAGGCCAUGUUUGUCGUCUCGUCGGUGGAAGUGAACGCUCCUGUGCCCGCAGAGGCCGAGUGGAAGUACUCUGAGACGUUUGACGUGGCCGGCACUCAGUGCACGGCGUGGGUGCUGCCACCCAAGGAGGCCAAGUGCCCGAGGUGUUGGCGCAACCAGACCCCGGAAAGCUCACACGCGCGCCGCACACAGCUCUCCAACGGGCACACGAUGCCCCAGAUCCAGCUGGGCCUGUACAUGAUGUCGGGCCGCGAGGCCUCGCAGUCAGUCCGCCUCGCGCUGGCCGCGGGCUACCGCGGCUUCGACAGCGCGCAGAUGUACGGCAACGAGCGCGAGGCCGGGCGCGCCAUCCGCGACUUUGUGGCGUCGUCGGGCGGCGAGCUGUCGCGCGACGACGUCUUCUACACGAGCAAGCUGGCCAGCAACAGCGCCGACUACGACGCCGUGCGCCGCUCCAUCCGCAAGUCGGUCGACGCGUGCGGGCUCGGCUACCUCGACCUGUUCCUGCUGCACAGCCCGUACGGCGGGCCGCAGGCGCGGGCGGAGAGCUGGCGCGCGGUGGAGGACGCGAUCGAGGCGGGCGAGGUGCGGAGCGGAGGGGUGAGCAAUUACGGUGUCAAGCAUAUCGAGGAGCUCAUGGCUUCCAAGCCGCGCAUCCCGCCCGUGGUCAACCAGAUCGAGGUGCACCCGUUCAACACGCGCACCGACAUCCGCGAGGCCUGCGCGCGGCACGGCAUCGUGGUCGAGGCGUACGCGCCGCUCGCGCGCGCGAUGCGCAUGCGGCACCCCAAGAUCGUCGAGCUGGCCAAGAAGUACUCGUGCUCGCCGGCGCAGCUGCUGGUGCGGUGGUCGCUGCAGCACGGCCUCGUGCCCCUGCCCAAGAGCGUGAGGCAGCAGCGCAUCGCGGAGAACGCCGAUGUCGGCGGGUUUGAGAUCUCCGAGGAGGACAUGGAGGCCAUGGACGGGCUGGACGAGUAUCUUGUGACUGACUGGGAUCCGACAGACUGUCCUUGA